AGUUGAAACACUAUUCGGGACAUUUGUGCCUUGCACGAGUCAUUCCGGUAUCCAUCAUGGCGGAUCUUUUGGGUAGUGACGACUUUCAGGAAGAUCCAGCAGCCGAAUUUUUGGCUAGAGAACAAGAUGAUCUCGCUGAGUUUGGAGAAGAUUUCGGUGAAGAACAGCCAGAAGCUAAUGCAAUGAAUGGACUUCAUGAUGGAUUAGGGGGAAUGGAUCAUCAGCCGGUUGUUAAUGGAUUUGCUGAUGAAGAAAAAAUGGCAACAAGUGAUGAUUUAAGUUCUGACCUCAGGAUUCGUUCCCUGACAGAAAGACUUCUGGAGGACUGCAAUAAAAAUAAUGCUUGGGUUGGCAAGAAAAGAAAAAACAAAGUUGAGAAUAUAGCAAACGUUCUGUGAAAACUUCAUCUCCAGCCACUAGAAUCAUCAGAAGUUGGAGAUUCAGAAGUCAGUCAACGUCUACUACAAGAGCACCCUGAGUGGCAGAGGUGUGAAUGAUUUUCUGUUUCACCUUGCAUUUAAUCACCUAAGAUUGUGCAACAACUCUUGGGAGUUGUUCCAGAAGCAAGUGCUGUCUAUGAGGGCUACAAACUCAGAUUCAAAAUUUUAAAGUUCUUAUUAAGAAAUUUAUUUGCAGUUGGAGUUGAUUUAAAAUGGGAUAGGGGUAAAGGUGGAAAUAAUGAUGUAGCAUAAGGGUGAUGUCAUUAAUUUUUAAGAUAUACAGUAAGUAGAAAAUAGCAAAUAAAAAACAAAACC